AUGAACGACUGCGCCCGGUGGUACGAGCGGCUCGCUAACUCGCAGCCGCUGGACGUGACGAGCCUCCUCCGGCUGCUGGCGAUGGCCAAGGAGCACCUCGCCAACCAGCCGACCUUGCUGGACCUCCCGGCGCCCAUCACGAUCUGCGGCGACAUCCACGGGCAGUUUGCCGACCUCCUCACGCUCAUGUCGCUCGACAUUGGCCAGCGCAUGCUCUUCCUUGGCGAUUUUGUCGACCGCGGGUCCCAUAGCGUCGAGACCAUCAGCUUCCUCCUCGUCCGCAUGGUGCGCUUCCCGGACUCGACGUUCCUCAUCCGCGGCAACCACGAGUCGCGCCAAACAACGUCCGUGUACGGCUUCCAGACCGAGUGCAGUAAGAAGUACGACGGCGACCAGCGCGUCUACAAGGCUUUUAUGGACGUCUUCGACUACCUUCCCCUCGGCGCGAUUGUCAACAAGCAGCUCAUGGCCAUCCAUGGUGGCCUGAGCCCUGCGGUCCAUUACGUCGACCAGAUCCGCAUGAUUAACCGCGUUAUGGAGAUCCCGUCCGACGGUCCAUUUGCGGAUCUGGUCUGGUCCGACCCCGAGCCCAAGAGCAACGGCUUCCACCUCUCGCCGCGCGGCGCGGGCUACAUGUUUGGCGCCGACAUUGUCGAGAAGUUCCUGCACCUCAACGACCUCCAGCACAUCAGCCGCGCCCACCAGCUCUGCAUGGAGGGCUACCAAGUGCUCUUCCGCGACACCUUUUCCACGAUCUGGUCAGCGCCCAACUACUGCUACCGCUUUGGCAACCUCGCGUCUGUCAUGUGUGUCGACGACAACCUCGAGCGUACGUUCAAGAUCUUUCAAGCCGCCGGCGCCACGACGCACCCGAACCUCAACGAGAUGCAGCCGUCGUCGACGGACGUGGUCGAUGCCGGGUACUUUACCUAG